GGGAAGAGGAAGAAGAAGAAGAAGAAGAAGAGUGGAAAAUAUGGGUGAAGAGAGAGAAGAUCCACAGAAGAUUAAGCGAAUAGCGGCGGAUUCAUACGACUACGACAACGACCCCAGAUGGCAAGAUUACUGGUCCAAUGUCCUCAUCCCUCCUCACAUGGCCUCUCGAAACGACGUCGUUUCGCAUUACAAGCGCAAGUUCUACCAGCGCUACCUUGAUCAUGAUCUGGUUGUGGAACCAAUGUCAGCUUCUGGUUCAUCCCAGCCAGCACGAACCUCAACAGCAUCAACAUCGCCAUCCGGAGCAAAUGAACCAACCCGCAGAAGAAGCUCUGGAUCAACUGAUAGAAAUUCAGGGACAUCCACAACUGCAGGUUCCAGUCCAACUUCUCUGCAAUGGGAUCGACAGAUGAUUCUGUUUUCUGUUAAUGCUUGGGUAUUUGUUGUGGCUGUUGUUGCAGCCAUCCCAUUGGUACCUACUUAUCUUUCUCAUAGGGCUUAUCGACUUUCUUUUAUGGGUACUACUUGCUCUGCUCUGUUCUCAUUGUACUCGCAACAUGGGAAACCAAGAGCAUGGAAUAUGCAGGCCUUGCAAGUUUACUUUCAAUCCAUAAUUGCUUCAAAGAAUUUUAUAUACUUCCUCUACUCCCUUACAUUCGUUACAUCACAACUUUGUCUAAAAUUUGCUUUGAUCCCCAUCAUAUGUUGGGCAUUUGAACAUGUAGCAAAGUUCCUUAGACGUAAUUUCAGCCGCUCCACCUUGUACAGGAAGUACUUGGAAGAGCCCUGUGUUUGGGUAGAGUCAAACAGUACUACUCUCAAUAUACUAACAUCACAUGUUGAGAUUGGACUUGGAUUCUUGCUGAUUUUCUCACUAUUCUCGUCACAGCGUAAUGUAAUACAGACAUUCAUGUACUGGCAGCUGUUAAAGCUCAUGUAUCAUGUUCCAGUUACUGCCGCAUAUCAUCAGAGUGUUUGGGCUCAAAUCGGGAGGUCGAUCAAUCCAUACAUCCAUCGUUAUGCACCAUUCUUGAAGACUCCAAUAUCUGCAGCCCAAAGAUGGUGGUUAAGGUAGAAAAAGCUUGGAGUUUGGAGAUUGGAGAACCACCAAGACAAAUAUAAACCACGUGAAUAUCUUCAUUAGAUAAUCAAAUAUAAAGUGAUUGCAUCAUAUGAGCACCCUCACCAUGUAGACAUUUUAGGAUUCAUCAUCUUCAAAUAGAAACUGAUUUCUCAUUUCUCACAUGAAUGGCACCGAGAACUGGAAUAGAUUUUGGGUUCAAUAUUACUGAUCUAAAUCGUCAACGUCUA